AUGGAUAGUGUAAAGAAGGAACAUUCAUACACAUAUUGGGUUAAAAAUGAUCCAAAUCACCCUAAAAUCGAUUGCUAACCAAAGAAAGUUGAAGACCCUACUUAAGUGUAACAAGUGCAAACAAUAGGGUCUCAAUGGAAUGUGUCAGGAACAUGGGAGGAAAAAAAAGUGCCAAUGAAUGAAAUCAAGAAAUCAUUAGAAAAUAUCAUUGGAAUGAAGAUUGGCUAAACCAAAAUUUCUGCAGUAGAAUCGGUAGAUGGAGAAGCUCAUCUCUUUUUGAGUAGAGGCAAGAUAAGAAUGGGUUAUCAUUUGAAGAUCACAUUUGCACUUGAAGAUGAUGGAUAAAUUAAAUACACAGACUUUACGGAUGAUGGGGAUAGAGAUUAUAUACUUGAAGAUGUCGCUGAUGAAACAGUGAAGCAUUAAAUCGAGGAUUUACAUUUGAAAACUAAAGAGUUUGUUGAAGUGUUUAAGAGUUGA